CACAGCGCAGACUUUUGCAGAUCGACAAAAAAAAAGUGAUUUCAGUGACUGGAGAAAUACAGUAAUCUCUAAAGACAAGCAAAAUACACAGUAAGAUUUUUUUUAUAUGCACAGGGAGGAUAGCUUAUUGUUGUCGCACCAUGAAGCAAUCUUCUCUGCUUAUUCUAGUGCUGAACACCGUCUGUGCCUCACGACUUCCUCAUGAAAUCGUCUACGUUGUGGGCUGCUGGGAAAACAGCACAACGCAAGUUCAGUAUGAGUUUGACGGUGAGGAAUUACUCUACAUGGACUUUGUGAAAGAUGAGAUUGUUUAUUCAGUGCCACCUAAUAUGGUGUGCAACCCAAGUGAAGUCAUUGAUGACAUACGUAUUCAUAGAGAUGCUUUUAAGGCAAAAAGAGGAUGUUCAGUAGUUGAGGCUGUCCUUAGAAUUGAGGGGAUACAUCCGCCAGAGGAGAAAGACCCUCCAGUGAGCAUCCUCUACCCUGCAGACGAGGUUCAGCUUGGAGUCAAAAACAACCUCACCUGCUUCGUGAACCACUUCUACCCACCAGAAAUCAAAGUCAGCUGGACUAAAAAUGACCGCCUGAUGUCAGACGGGGUGUGGCUCAGUCGAUAUUAUCCCAAUGAGGAUCAAACCUUCCACAUGUUCUCCACCUUUGAAUUCACACCAGAGGAGGGGGACAUUUACAGCUGCACAGUGGAGCACGUCGCUCUGGACUGGCCUCAAACAAGGAUCUGGGAUGUGGAUGUCGGCCCUCGCAGUGUUUGGCCAGAUGUGUUCUGUGGAGUGAGCAUGACUCUGGGCAUGUUGGGGGUCGUAGGUGGAACAAUUCUUAUGGUUAAAGCAUCCCAGGAACACAAAUAGAUUCUCUAUUUUCCACCUGGUUAAAGGCUUUUCUUGUCUGUGUAGCUUUGCUUAAUGCUGCUUAUGUAACAGAGGUAAAAAUGCACAGAAUUAUUCAUUUUUGUUUAUAGAAAUUCAACUUUAUUUUUUUACUUUAUUCAAUUCUGUUAAGUAUUUGUGGAUUUUAAGUUAAUGAGACAUUUUUAUUGACUGUUCUUUUAAAAUGAAUGUUUCUUUUGGUACUUACCCCUUUUGCCCUUUGCUGUUUCUGUACCUCUUGGCUCACCGUAGUUCCCUCACAGAGCUGUUAUGUUGUUAUGUUGAGGGUAAGUUGUGGAAAAAUGCGCUAUUUUGGUCGAAUUUUUAAAUGUUUCAUAACCAUUUAGUCACCUUAACCAGUCAAUUGGAUUCAUUUUUGAGGGCAAAAUAUUCCUUUAAAAGCUGUUUUAAUGUAGCGUUUUCGGCGCCAUAGAAAUGGGGCAUGUCCAUCCUUGCUAUGUGAUUAGUGUUGCAUCUGCAGCUAUUUCUAAGUGUAAACGUUAUCAUUUUACAUGUUUAGGAGCAGAUGUGCAGAAACCAGAUACCAGAAGGCAAUUUAAAACUUCUUAUUGUCUUCUUUAGGAACAUUUUCUUCGAGAAAUAUCAAAUAUUUUUAGCUUCUGUUCAUUUCUGCCAUAUGUGCUCUUUCAUUUUGGCCACUAGGUGUCACUGUUUGACAGUUUCUUAUCCUUUUUCACAUAGUUUUAGAGGAAAACACAUAGACUGUAGAAAGAAAUAGACAAACCCCGUGUGACAUCAGUCGUCUGCUUACAAUAGGUGGACUCAAACGGCUCUUGAAGCCAAUCCAUGGAGGC